UCCAUCUACUCCUCUCGCGGGCCCCUGUUGCUCAUAAUCAUAGUCAGCAUGGAAAAGAGAUCAACUCAACCACCCAAGAUCAAGAACAAGAAUGCCGCGCCGGUGCAGAUCUCGGCCGAGCAGAUUCUGCGCGAGGCCAAGGAGAGACAGGAGGUCGCUAUCAAUGUCCCAAAGCAGAAAAUCCAUGAUCAUGAGGAACUCAUGGAGUACAGGGGAAGGAAGCGCAAGGAGUUUGAGGAUCGUAUCCAGCGGAGUCGACUUCAUAUUGGAGAGUGGCUCAAGUAUGCUACAUGGGAGGAGAGUCAGGAUGAGCUGCAAAGAGCUCGUUCAGUGUACGAGCGUGCAUUGCAGGUGGAUAGCCAGAACUCGACAUUGUACCUGAAAUACGUCGAGAUGGAAAUGAAGCACAAAAACAUUGCUCUGGCGCGUAAUCUCUUUGACAGGAUAGUCACUAUCUUGCCGCGUCGAGAUCAGUUCUGGCUGAAAUACACCUAUAUGGAGGAGAUGUUGGAAGAAGUCGCUCGCGCCCGUCAGAUUUUUGAGCGCUGGAUGCAGUGGGAACCAGAGGAGGAAGCAUGGAUGGCAUAUGUCAAGUUUGAAAAGCGGUACAAGGAGCUGGACCGCGCACGAGCUGUCUACGAACGAUUCGUUCAUAUCCAUCCGGACCCCAAGAACUGGAUCAAAUGGGCCGAAUUCGAGGAACGGGAAGGCUCAACUGAGAAGGCGCGAGAUAUCUUUACGAGAGCCAUUGAGGUUAUGGGUGAAGAACUGAUGGAGCAGCGUCUGUUUAUUGCGUUUGCGAAAUUCGAGACUAGGCAAAAGGAGACUGAAAGGGCACGCGUCAUUUACAAGUAUGCACUGGAUCGCAUCUCUCGCUCUAAAUCUCAGGCGCUCUACAAUCAAUAUGUGCAAUUCGAGAAGCAGUAUGGUGAUAAGGACGGGAUCGAGGAUGUUGUUGUUGGCAAGCGACGGCUUCAGUAUGAGGCAGAUUUGGCAAUUAAUCUGAAGAACUACGACACUUGGUUCGACUAUGGAAAGCUGGAGGAGAGCACAGGCGACGUGGAUCGGGUUCGGGAGGUAUAUGAGCGAGCUAUCGCGCAAAUACCGCCAGCACAGGAGAAGCGUCUUUGGAGACGAUACAUCUAUCUCUGGAUCAAAUACGCCUUGUUCGAGGAACUGGAAACAAAAGAUUAUGAACGCACGAGACAGGUCUAUAAGAGCUGCCUUCAGCUUAUUCCUCACAAGGUGUUUACGUUUGCCAAGAUCUGGCUGCUCUACGCCAAGUUUGAGAUUCGACAGCUGGACCUUGCAGCAGCGCGCAAAACCUUGGGAAUGGCUUUGGGCAUGUGCCCCAAGGACAGGCUGUUCAAAGGAUAUAUCGAAUUGGAGUUGGAGCUACGUGACAUCUCGAGAGCGAGGGCACUGUAUGCGAAAUACUUGGAAUGGUCGCCAUCGAACUGUGCCGCAUGGAUCAAAUUUGCAGAGCUCGAAAGCGAACUGCAGGAUACAGAGCGUGCGAGAGCCAUCUUUGAUCUUGCAAUUGCUCAGCCAGAAUUGGACAUGCCCGAGAUCCUUUGGAAGGCUUGUAUUGAUUUUGAGGUGGGCGAGGAAGAAUGGGGCAAUGCACGAUCGUUAUACAGGCAAUUGUUGGAGAGGACAGCUCAUGUCAAGGUCUGGAUCAGUUGGGCUCAUUUUGAGGCGAGUGUUCCUGAAGAGGGUCAGGCUGCCGUGGCUCGGGAGGUGUUCAAGAAGGGUUGCCAGAAAAUGAAGGAGCAAGGAUUGAAGGAAGAACGUGUGAUCCUGUUGGAGGCAUGGAAGGAGUUUGAGCAGGCACAAGGAACAGCAGAGACACUCCAGACUGUGCAGGACCUUAUGCCGAAGAUGGUCAAGAAGCGCCGACAGAUUGAGACUGCAGACGGGGCAAUGGCAGGAUCGUCACAAUGGGAGGAGUACUACGAUUAUAUCUUCCCAGACGAUCAGGCGGAGAAGCCCAACUUCAAGCUGCUCAGCAAGGCACACGAGUGGAAAGCAAGGAUGGAAAGGGAAAAGGCCGAGAGAGCGGCGGCGGCAGCGGCAGCAGCAGAAGCAGCAGAAACAGCAGCAACAGCGCAGGCAGCAGAAGGAUCUGCAGAAGAGGCCGAUGGUGCAGGCCCUGGCUCUUCUCCGGAAGCACAAGAGUCUGGCAAUUCGUCUGCAUAAUAAACAAAGCAGUCAUUUUGCCGCUAUUUCAUCUAUGAUUGUUUGUGG